AUGACUUUCACUAUUCUCGUGCGAGACGGUCUUCCCAUGUUGCGCUUACCGAUGUACGCAAACAGGCUCGCUUGCAAUGCGUGCCACGGCUCUGGAGAGAGCUGCUCGUGGGCAGGCCGCCAUGAACUUCAGAUCUGUGAUAACUGCAUCGAGUUCGAGCGCGUUUGUCUGGCACUUGGCCACAAGGACCGCGCCACCAUCCAUUUCUUCAGCAACGAGCCCGAGGACAUGAUCGCCGAUGCCCAAGACCAACGUGGAGACGCCUAUAAGGACUGGAUCAAGCUGUGCCUGAAGCAAAUUGAUCGCGUCGGUACUUUCCUUGAGAACUUAGCCCACCCACCCGAGGAAAAGUUCGCAGAGAUGCAGGACCGGCUCGACGCAGCUAAAGAACGUCGCGCGGCAGACACCACCCACCUUGCCUCGGUCUCUGCGGCGGAUGUUGCUGCAGAUGAAGAUGGAGAGAGUAUCGACAGCGAUGAAGCCUGCAGCGUCACCGACGACGACGAGAUGGACUCCGAGGACGAAGCUUUCUGCGUCGAAGAGGACAUCAAUCUUGAGAUCGAGAUUGAAGUGCAGAGUGAAGACGAGGACGAGGACGAGGACGACGUUGAUGCCGAGGGCGAGGGCGGUAUGGAGGAAUGA